UAUGGCCUUCCUUUCUAUUCUUCCUACUAACGCUUUUUUUCCCGAACAGGCCGCCGAAACUGGCAGUGGCAAAACAGGAGCAUUUUGUUUGCCGAUUAUACAAAUUGUACAAGAAACUCUUAGAAAUGUUAGGGAGAACAAGGGAAAUAAGGGUGGAGGUGGAAGUGGAGCAAGCGGUGGAACUUCAAAGAACUCGAAAUGGAAGAUGAACCCUUUCGAUAGGGGAGAUAAAUUAGCUAUCGAUUCAGACGGAACACUAUGCCAAAGUAGAGAUGCUAAAAUAUGGCAAGGAACAAGAUCUAAUAAAGGCGUAGUUGGAAAAGGGAAAUAUUAUUAUGAGGCUAAAGUAACAGAUGAGGGACUAUGCAGAGUUGGAUGGUCAACUGCAAAGGCUUCUUUAGAUUUGGGGACUGAUAAAGAAGGAUACGGAUUCGGAGGAACUGGAAAGAAAAGCUUCGGAAGACAAUUUGAUACUUACGGCGAGGCUUUUGGUAUUAACGACGUUAUCGGCUGUUAUCUGGAUUUGGAUUCAUACAGCGUUAAAUGGUCGAAGAAUGGAGUUGAUUUUGGAAAAGCCUACGAUAUUCCCGCACAUUUACAGAAUGAGACCUUCUACGCUGCUGUGUGCCUUAAGAAUGCGGAAAUGAAGUUCAAUUUCGGUCACCAAAAAUUUGCUUAUGAACCAAAAGAAAACUUUAAAGGGCUAAAUACUGCUGACUCAAGUAACAUUGUCGUUUCUAAGAUUUCAGGUGGCUCUACUGGUCCCGUCACCAAACGUCCGAAUGCUCCUUACUCAAUUAUUAUUGAACCUAGUCGAGAAUUGGCUGAGCAGACCUACAAUCAGAUAAUAAAGUUUAAGAAGUAUUUGAAAGAUCCAAAAAUAAGAGAAUUGCUUAUAAUUGGUGGAGCUAGUGCUAAAGAACAAGUAGACGCCCUAAAUUCUGGUAUUGAUAUAGUUGUAGGAACACCUGGGCGAUUAGAGGAUUUGAUUUCUUCUAAUAAAUUGGAAUUAUCGGCUUGCAGAUUUUUUGUUCUCGACGAAGCCGAUGGCCUACUUUCUGCUGGUUAUGGUCAUUUAAUUGAACGGUUACAUAGGUCUAUCCCAAAAGUGACUAGUGAUGGGAACAAACUACAGAUGGUUGUGUGUUCCGCCACACUACACUCUUUUGAUGUUAAGAAAAUGGCAGAGAAAUUAAUGCAUUUUCCUACUUGGAUAGAUUUGAAAGGCCAGGUAACUUAA